AUGCAGCUCGGUAGAUCCUCCGGCAAGGGCAAGAAGACAGACGCCGAGAAGCAGGCAGAGCUGCAGCGUGCGGAGAAAUACCCCAACUUAGCGACCCCACACCGGCUCAAGGGGCUUGAUAACAUCCGCGUUGCAUUCGUCGCGGGCGGCUCCACUGCGGUGCACGCGCUCAUCGGGGACGUCAACGGAGCCUGCUACACCUGGGGCCGCAAUGAGAAGGGUCAGUUGGGCCACGGCGAUACGCAGCAGCGCAAUGUACCCACCAGGGUAGCUGGGCUGGAUGGCAAGUUCAUCAUCAAAGCUUCCGGCGGCAAGCACCACUCCGUGGUGGUGACUAAGGACGGGCAAUCUUUCGGGUUUGGGCUGAACACAAUGGGCCAGCUGGGCACCGGGAGCAUCCGCCGCGGGAAGAACAGCCCAGACGACAUCCAGCUGGCGCCGGUCAAGUGCGCCGUGGAGGCUGCCACCGACGUGGCCUGCGGCGGCGACUACACGCUGUGGCUCGUUGGCGAGGGGGGCCGCGUGUGGUCUGCGGGUUACCCGCAGUACGGCCAGCUGGGUGACGGCGACGACCACAUGUACAACGCAAAGGAGU